ACUAGUCGUAUUAAUAUCUUUCCAAUCUUUCAUUUGACAACUCUUCGUUGCGACUAAAAUUAAACCAUAAUUUUUUUUUUACUUUCCUCCAUAAAAUCAUAAAAAAAUUAAAUUUUUACAUCCAUUAAAAAUGGAUGAAAUGGAAAUGUUAAACUCCGUACCAUUUGAAAGUUUUUUUAGAACUGAAAUUCGGAUAUUGCGGUACAUGGGAUUGUCAUAUUUCAAUCGUGUGUUUUCAAACAAAGAAGAAACUGAAAAAUGGUGGGAAAAAAUAACUCCAUUAUUUGGUAUUUUAAUAAUGAGCUUAUUAAUAUCUAUGGAAAUAAUGAAAAUUAUACGCGUUAUAUCUAUUAGUAUAACUCUCGCUGCUGGAAUAUUUACAGCAAUGCUUUCGGGUAUGCUUUGUACGUUCAAGGCAGUAAGAUGCUGGACACAUCGAAAAGAACUUUUUGAUUUUAUACGACAACUUAAAGUUUUUUGGGAUACUGCAUCUUCAAAUAAAUUUAUAACAAAAAAUGAAUUAAACAGUGCGCUCUAUGCUAGAUCAUUAAGGAAUUAUGUGAUAGUUUUGGUGUUUGCAUUAGCAUUUAGUUAUGCGUUUCCAGUUUAUGUAGGAAUUUGCAAACACUUUCUUUAUCAUCGAGAUGAAUAUUUUUUCACUUUCUCAAGAAUAAUGUACCCAGUGAAAUACCCGUUUACUAUCAACUCAUUUUUGAGAUAUUUCAUGUGUCUCUUCUUUGAACAAGUAUCAGAAAUUCUAGCUAUUGUUUAUUGGCUUUGUGGGGACAUAUUGUUCAUCCAAUUGACAACACACGUUAGCAUUCAAUGCGAGAUAUUGGUUAAUAGGUUACAUGAUCUCAAUAAAGAUAAUUCUUCUGACGAUGAAGGAAGUCGUCGACAAUUAGUAGAUAUUGUUUUACAGCAUAAUCAAUUGUUUUCACAUUGCCAAUGGCUCCAGAGAUUUUUUAGCCCGAUUGCAUUCUUUGUUACAUUAAUCAAUGGACUCAAUCUUUGUUUCUCUUUGUAUCGUGUAGAUCAACAAGUCAGUCAAGGUAAUUGGAGCCAUCUAAUCGAAAAUACGAUACAUUUAGUAAACGUUUUUGGACAGACAAUUUUGUAUUGCAUGCACGCUGAUUUGUUGACUGAAAAAUUAGGUGAAGUUAAUAACGCAAUUUAUUAUUCUAAUUGGGUUCAAUCGAAUAAAAAAUUAAAAAUGAUGGUUUUAAUGAUAAUGAGAAGAGCUCAAAAAGAAUAUCGUUUUACAGUUUAUGGAAUUAUUACUCUUAAUCUCCGUCAGUUUACGAAGAUUGUUAAUACAGCGAUGAGUUAUUUUACAUUGUUAAGGAGUUUUGGUUAACUCUUAUUUUAAAAAAAUAACAAUAUAAUGUUCUGUUUUGAAUACACUUGUAUUUAUGGAAGUGUCUUAUUAACAAAUUCAGAGAAAAGAUUUAAAAUAAUUAAAAAAUUUUAUAGCGAAUUCAACAGAAAUAAAAUUUAUGCUUUGAUUUAUAAUAAUGAUAUUUUUUUUAAGUGCUAAUUAGAUAACAAAUAUU